AUGGAGUGCCUUUGCAGGUACAUAGCCAUUGGUAUCUCUGGGGCUAUCCAGCAUACGGCAGGCAUCAAGGAUUCGAAGUGCAUCGUUGCUAUCAAUAAGGACGCUGAGGCCCCGAUCUUCCAGGUUGCCGACUAUGGUUUGGUUGGUGAUUUAUACAAGAUCGUGCCGGAGUUAACUGCUAAGUUGUGA